UGGCGGCGGCAGCGGGAGAUCCGAGUUGUGUUCUCCGUUAGCGCUGCUUGGAGCGGGGCUGCGGCGCCAUGGAUGCCUCAGGCUGCAUGAAGUCCCUGCUCCGGGCAGCCAGGCAGUAUCGGGCUGCCCCGACGGCUGCCAACGCGGCGCUGCUGCAGCGCAGCCUGGAGGUUAUCUCUGGACUGAAGCUUACACGAUUGUUUGCUUCAAAUCAGAUUCUGCCAAGUGAAUAUCUCAGUUGCCUAGUAGAACUCCUUGAGGAUGCUCAUGUAAGCCCAUCUCUAACCUUGUCUGUGGUUACGUUGCUGUCCCAGCUAGCUGUAGACAAUGAGACCAGAGAAACUCUUCAAGAUACCUACAAUCUGACCAGCGUGCUGGCACGAGUGGUUCAUCUAAGUUCCACUAAUCUUAGCGACCCAGUCUUAUUACAGAGUAUUCAGUUGCUGCAGAAGCUAACCUACAAUGUUCCUGUCUUUUCCGCUGGUGCCAACAUCGAUGAACUGAUUUCAUUCCUAAUGCAGCAUGUUCAACACACUGAAGAUGAGUUAACGAUGCCCUGUUUGGGCCUCCUGGCAAAUCUCUGUCGUCACAACUUGUCUGUUCAAACUCGGAUCAAAUCUUUGAAUCAUGUGAAGAAUUUCUAUCGCACCUUAAUAAGCUUCCUAGCCCAUAGUAGUUUGACUAUGGUUGUGUUUGCACUUUCCCUGUUGUCAAGCCUUACUUUAAAUGAAGAAGUAGGAGAAAAACUCUUCCAUGCUCGAAAUAUCCAUCAGACAUUUCAGUUAAUAUUCAAUAUUGUUGUAAAUGGAGAUGGUACCCUAACAAGAAAAUACUCUGUCGACCUAUUCAUGGAUCUUCUGAAGAACCCCAAAGUUGCCGAUUAUCUUAGCAGGUACGAGCACUUUACCUCAUGCCUUGGUCAAGUAUUAGAUCUUCUUCAUGGAAGGGAUCCCAAUUCAUCAUCUAAGAUCUUCGAGCUCCUGCUUGUCUUCUGUUCUGUGCUAGAACUGCGUCAUGUCCUGCGGCAGGCAAUACUGGAACCAUCUGGCUUGCCAGUCUCUGGAAAUACCAGACUUGUAACUCGCUCAAAGACUUUUGAACCAUCUGUUGCAUUGGUGCACUUGUCUAACCAACCAUUGGAAGGCUCCGAAGACUCUUCUGUUCUAGCAUUGCAGCUAUUCAAAGAGAUUUUUGAGGAUGUUAUUAAUAGUGGGAACAGUGCCUCAGCCGAGCAUUUUGUGGAUCUUUUGCUGCCUGCUCUUCUGGAUCAUCUUCAGAUGCCAGAGCAGAUUGUGGAUGAGCUAUUAGUGAAGAAGUGUGAAAGAAUGGCCAAGGCUAUUGAUGUCCUGAUGAUGCUUUGUAGAGAUGACUUGCUGAAAAUGCAUGCCUCGAAGGUACUGACUGCCAGCCAAUGCACGUCUCUAAUAGAGCACCAGUUUACCUAUAGUGGGAUCGAUCCUGGUUUUGGGACAAAAGUAGGAGACUCUAAAAUGUGGUCAGUUUCACUGUAAUGAAUAUGAUGAUGUGAGGUCAAGAUGGUUGAAACAGACAAUAGAAUCCUUCAUCCCAGAACCUUUGGUUAACUUGAUAAUGGUCUCUAAACUGGACGGUAGACAGAUUGGAGAUCUGAAGCCUGAAUUAUAUGAUAAGGUACUAGUUGAUGCUCCUUGUUCAAAUGACAGAAGUUGGCUAUUCUCUUCUGAUAUUCAGCAAGUGACACUUAGGCUAAUACAGAGGAAAUAGCUGGAAUUGCAGAGAUGAUAACUGAUAAGGUCUGCUAUUAAAGCCUUGCGUCCUGGUGGAUUGUUGGUCUAUUCUACAUGCACGCUCUCAAAGGCAGAAAACAGUGAUGUAAUAAACCUCAUUCUGAACUCCUGCAGUAAUGUUAUGCCUAUAGAUAUAAGUCAAAUGGCCAAAGCUGUUUCUCAUGAAUUCAGUUUUCUCAGUGGUAUGCAACAGCAUGAAGUUCUGGUUCUCCCAGAGAAAGGGAGAGCAUGGGGUCCAAUGUACAGUAGCUAAAUUAAGGAAAAUGUAGUCCAUCUGAUGCCUGUUAGUUUUUUAUAAGGGAUAUGUGAUAAAUGAACAUUGAUUUCUAAUGUAAUUUGUCUAUAUGAACAUGUCCAAGGCCACUGAAUUCAGAGCAUUGUUGUUUUGUACCAACUCAUGACUAAUAAAAGGAUAGCCAGACAGUUUAGCUAGAAAUGCUGAAUGUGUCUUCCAGUGUGGACCUGUGGGCCUUUGUGAAGUCCUUAUGAAGUCAACAGAGCUUUGUAUUAGUUUCAAGGUGCUGCUUUUAAAUGGAUUUGUGUUCAAGAACAGGAGCCUGAUGCGGUGGGGUUUUGCCCUGGGCUUUGUGUUUUGCAUUUGUGGUUUUUUAAUUACUUGAUUUUAAUACAUCAUGUUUUAAAAUAAAUGGUUUCAAUGGUCUGAA